CCUGCCAGAGCCCCCGCCAAUGGCGGCGCCCAGCGCCGGGACCGACAGGCGCGGCGGCCAACAGGAAGGGGAGCGGGGGCAGGGGUGUCUCGGAGGGGCCGCGGGGCCAUGGCCGGGAGCAGGCGGAACGUGUUCUUGGCGAAAUUACUGAAACGACUCUAUGGUGAAGCUUCAUCAUCUUCUCUUGUUCAGACUUCAAGUAGAGAAGAGGAGGUGGUUCUUGAAAAUCUUGGCUCAAAAUCUAAAGAAAAGAAUUCAGAUAAUGUUCAGAUUUCAUCAGCAGAUGCUAGCACAUCAACUAAUACACCCCGCGAAUCAUUUCAAGAUAAUGAUGAUACAGUUACGUCUCCAAGAAGAGUUUACACAGUGGAUCUUCCUCCAGAGGGUUAUGUUGCAGUUACUCCGGAUGCCCUUAGUAAUGCAGUUUCUGAAAACUCUGGCAGUAGUGCUGACUCAACAGAAGAGGAAUAUCAAGGGCAAACCAAGAGAAAGCGCAUUCAGAGGAAGAAACAAAAGAGCAGUUCACAAAUCUCUAGUAAUUUCCGUGGAGAACAAACAGAUUUGGGAAUGCAAGAGACUGUUGUUCAAGAUAAUUUACAGCUGCAGCAAACAGACGGUCCCAAAAUAAGCAAAAACAAAAAGAGGAAAAUGAAAAAGAAGCGACAGAAAGAAAGAAAAAGAGCAGCUGGCUUAAUAACAAAAACUACCAGUGUGGAUUUUACAUAUCAGCCUGACAAAAGCAACAAAGAAGAAGCAGCAGGCUUAAAAGACAUAGGUGAAAAGGCAGAUAGCAUUUUGGACUUCCUGCAGGCAACACAACAAAUUUAUUUUACUGACAAGAAAUCACAAUGCAGAGAUGCUGCUGUAAAUUCAGCAACUGCCCAAGAGCUCUUAAAAUGUCUUGAAUUUCGCACCAUCUCUUCCUCAGAUGUGACUCAUCUGCAUCGGCUGAAAUCCCUUGUAUUGCUACAGGAUAUUGAGAGAUUGAAGGAAGCUUUGAAACAAUUCCAAGAACAAUCUAUGAUGUCUCCUGAUCAUACCAAGGUAGCCGCAUCUCUGUUUCACUACUGGAUUACAGAUAUACUUCCUGUGAAGAACAGGAAAUAAAGCCUUACCAUGUGUCCAUAUGCACGGGAUUAAAAUUUAACAUACAAACUCUUUACCAAGUAGCAAUUCAGGAAGAGCAGUGUCAAUACAUAUUCUACACCUUCAGGUAAAUGAACAAAAACUCCAAAAGACAGUAAAGGUAAAUGAACAAAAACUCCAGAAGACAAUAAAGAUAUAACUACAGUGUGACUUUUGUGAUGGGCUGGUCAAGCAUAUGGCUUGAGCCUUCAGCUGCAUUAUUAUGUACAUUUCACUUUAGGAUAAGGAACUUGACUGGAAUGAUAAAGUUUCUAUAUGGUAUUUUGUUUAAGAAGUAUAGUAUUAUCUUAUUUGUUUGUAAGUGUAUCAUUCCUUUCUGGAAGUUCUAUUUCUUGACUUUUUUGUAUAUCUGCUUGCCUGGAAAACAGAACUAUAUUUUUUUAUAUUUAAACCUAAGCAACAUUAUGUCUGAGAAAUGUAUUUUUGCUGAAUAAACUGCUAAAUUGUGGACAUAGAUACGUUUCUAUAUGUGUGUCAUGUGGGUCAUGUUGGUUCUGUUUGGAAUUAUGCAGAAACUUGGAUGGCAUUUUCAGAACUACUCCAUGGCUCAGCCUGUUGCAAUCCAAUGGGUUUCACUGACUUCAGAGUUAUGGUUCUGGUUUCUCUCUCUCUCUCUGAUUACUGUGUAAUCUGUCUACUGCUGUGUAAUAUUUCUGCAACUGAAUUUAUCCAAGUGUAGAUACUACCGUAAGUAAUAUCCGUGGUUGUAAAAUGUUUUGGAAUAAUGAAGAAAGAAUGCUUUGUGGGAGGCUCUUCUCUCAGCUGUAUCAUUCAUCUGACAGGUGAUACAGAGCAAACCAUGUCUUAUAUCUAGGCGUGUUAGCUUUGUCAUCAGUAAGAUAGGGGCAACAUAUUUAACUCCUCCAACACGUGCUUGGAGAUACACUACUGAUCAGACUAUACAAACACUGCAUGGGUUUUUUUGCUUUGUUUUUUUCUGUUUCAUUAUAUUGCCUGAUAUAUCCCAUUACAAGGCAUUGGUUUAGUGAUGCUCAAAAUUUGUAACAGAAGUAAAAUCAUAACUCUUUCUCAUUAAUUGAAGAAAUUAAAAGGGGUUCGGUAAUACACCAAAUGAUUGCAGGUGUAGAAAAACCAUUCUUAUGGCUGAGCUUUGUGCAGCUCUGAAGAACUUGAGUUUGGUUUGUGUCUGGUGGGAAAGAUGAAUAAACCAGACUUUGCAGAGGAGAAACUAGUACUGUGUUCCCUGUUUUAAUGUUCCUGAAUUGCUAACACAUGGGCAUUGAACUGUAGCUGUGACUUUUCACUGAGAUGCUGUGUGCCUCAGUCCCACAUCUGGGAAAAGAAGAAAACAUCACUUGAAUGUGAAGCACCUGGAUACUUGUCUUAACUGACUCAUGUGAAAUUAAUCACUUCAUCCUCACUUUAAGGUUUGAAUGUUGCACAGUAAAUGAGGCCUAGAAACUGCAAAAAGGAUACACAGUGACUCCUUAGGUAAACAUCAUCUGUCCUAAACACUGAACAUGAAAAAAAUUAACAAGGUCAUGUAAUCAAAGCAGACUUUUGAAACACAAGUACAAAAGAGAUCAAAUUAGGACCACAAAAAUAACUGUAGUGUCUGCAUUUCCUAAGACUUGAGUGACUGUGCUAAGGGAGGUUAUAGGGCUGCUGCCUUGAGUAAAUCCCAAGACUUUGUGAUUCCUCCUCUUUGUCCUCUGGAUUCUGGGUUAGUGUACCUGGAGAUCUGGAUGUCAGGGUAGGUGACUCCAUUUCCAGGUAGGUUUCCACAUUUCCAGGUUCAGACAGUAGCAGUGCUUGAGCACAUAGCUCAGGGACACACACAACACUCACAUGGCUGACUACACAGCCCUUUGAUCCCUUGAACAGCAGGACAGUCAGUGUCCUAUCCCUGCCUGGGUCCUGGGCCCUCAUGCCUGCUCUGUGGCUCUCCUACACACCAGCUAGUCCAGCCUGGAACACAUUACCACACGUUCACACACUCAUCUCACAGGCACUUGUGCACUCUCAUGUCACAGCCUUGUUUAUUGCUUUAAUUUCUCUUACUCAUUUUUCUCUUUCAGUGCUUGGCUAUUUCUCAUAAUCACAGAAUGGUUUGAGUUGGAAAGGACAUAAAGGUCAUCAAGUUCCAGCCCCCCUGCCAUGGUCAGGGACACUUUCCACUAAACCAGAUUGCUCAAUAUUGAAGUGAUUUUUAAAAUUCAACUGAAUUUUGGAUAGCUGCAUAUAGAUGAACAGAUUUUGAUCUCUUUGCCAGAAAUAUUUUCACAGAAUCACAGAAUGGGUAAGAUUGGAAGGGAUCUCCACUGUGGGAUUAUCUGGUGCAGCCUCACUGCUAAAGCAGGGUAAAAUUUUGUACUAUUCCAGUGAGUAAAAGUUCACAGGUCAAAAAGGUACUUUGCUUGAACCAGGUCGUAAUGGAUAAAAGAUUACUUUCAGUCUCUCUUUUUUUUCCUUUGCUUUCACCACUGUAAGGGCCUUAUAUUCUGUGCAGAAAUCAGCUGGCCCCAGCUAAGCAAGCCCAGGAGCGUUUUCUGACUGUAGCCAGUCAGUGAUAUCUGAUGUCUUUGCAAAUGACCUGUGAGAGGAGCUGAAACUUACACUUACCAAACCUACCACAGUUGCACUAACAGGUAUAAUGAAGAGGUUAAAGUAUGCUAAGAGUUUAGAAAAUUGGACCAAAUUCAAGAAGAUAAAUUGUAGAUUGUCAUUGGAGAUAAAUGCAAUUGCAUAAGUGUAUUUAUUUCUGAAACAAAUGUGUCAGACAGUGGUGUGCUGAACUGCAACAUGCAUGAAGACACUUCAAAGCAAUGCACAAAAGAACACAGCAGAAGGAUCUAGUUUAAAAGCAAAAGAAAUGGACGUUACUCGUAAUUUAAACUAGGCAGUGUACUAAAAAUGGCAGUAGGUGCAUAAUUGGCAUUCCAUUUGCAGUCAAAAAAAUUUCAUACAUCACAGUUUUAAUACCUAAUCGCUCUUCUGCACUGCUUCUCUAAAGAAAAGGUGCUCAAUCUCCUUACAGUUUCUCAGGAUUAUUUAAGCAGUGGUAUCACAUUAUGGCUGAGAUAUGAAAACUGAAGAAUUUAAAUUAAUAUCCACCAGUGAACACUAUUUUUCAUUUCACUAUACAUGGCUCCUUCAACAUAGCAAUGAAACAUUUAUCCCUUCAGAUUUUCAUGCCAAACUUAUAAAUGGUAAAGGAUAUGGCCUUGAAUUUUUGCUUCUUCAGCAUCAUUCAGUUUAACGAAUGUGCAGCAUCAUGUGGAAUUACUGAAACAUAGAAGAGUUUUUUAAGUGGAUUUUGCAUCAGAACACUUCUGGCUAAACUGUACACACACUAUUAUUAGCAUAUUUCAAACUUCCAUGAAGACAGAACUUUUAAAAUUUUGGGUUUAAAACCUACAUGGACUCCAAGAGUAGGAAGAAUUUAAGGAUCAAGUGGAAAGUAAUCUGUGUGUUUUCAGGGGUUAACUUUCUAGUUUACAUUAUUGAACAGUGCACAGUAAGUAAGGAGCAGCAAGAGAAGUGUGCUCAGAGAGGCAGUGGUCCCUUACCAGCACAUACAAGGAAGACCACAAGAGCUGAAGUCACUUGAGACAUCUGUCGUAGUUUAUAAGGUGGUCAGUGCAUCUGUAUGCAAGGGUAUGAGUUCAAAGCCAUUAUCUCUAUAUAUAGGUACAUGUUUUAUUCUUAAAAUUGCCUGUAAGACCUUAAUUUUUCUCCUUUGUGGAUAUAUAAUAUGGGAAUCAAUCUCUAAUGUUACAGAUUUUUACUGCUUUGUAAUUGGUGCAAUAUUUUAGGUAGUGCUUUACAAUCAUGUAGGUUAUAAAUUCCGUAAUGUGUUUUCCAUGACAGCUGGCUUUUCUGUCCUGCACCCUGUAAGGAGUUACUACUCAAUAGGCUGAAUGUCUGAAAUCUGGGGGAAAAAUAAAUUAAAAAAAAAAAAAAAAAACAAAAAAACAAGGAAGGAAAAAGUGGUGACUGGCAGCAUAAAGACAGAAGAUUUUUAAGCUGUUUUUCACCAAAGAAAACUUAUUUCACCUACUAAUAAUACCUACUAUGUAUGUCAUAAAACCAGUCCACAGACGUGGAGUAGAAAGAGGUGUGUGUUAUGCAUGUACAGUAUGCUACACAUUGGGCAUAAUAAUAGAAGGUGGUAGUGCAAAAGAUGGCAAUCUGUAGGAUUGGGAAAAUGUAUUCUAUUUAAUAUUUAAGGAAAUCUCAGGUUUUAGCUAUGCAGGUUUUGUAGUUAUUUGCAUCAGCCCUGGAUUGCUCCUAAAGAAGGCUGUAUUGCACGUGUUUAUGCAGCUAAUUAAGUUUCACUUUUUACUGCUUUAUCCUCUGCAUUGCAUCUGAGUAAAUGCUGUUGUUUUUAACUGUUCAAUAUACGCAGGCCUAAGGGGAGGGGGGACAUACGUAUUUUAGAAAAGCAGAAAUUUAGAUGCUGGCUGUAUUUGUUUAUGGUCUCUAAGAAUCUGGGAAAAAAACUAUAUGUUCUAUGAUUAUUUGAAACUGCAUAUGCACCACAGUCAGUGAAGGUCAAAUAUAUAGCUUUAAUAAGGCUGUUCUCUAAGUUGAGUUCUUAACUUUGUAUAAUUAAUAGUCUGUAGUCAUUUUAAUGAACUCUGUACUCUGAUAAAGUAUAUAAGCAAGCUGUAGUUCUCUUUUACAUUAUUACUGCAAGGCUACGUCCUGGUUUAGGAUGCAUAAUGGACAAAAAAAAAGUGUAAUCUAAGAUUGAAGAGGAGUACACAAAAACAGAAGGAACUUUUCUUUUGCAUCAACUCUAGGCUGCUAUAGGUUGCAUCAAAUAGGGGCUGCUUUUCUUCACUUUCAAGGUCUUUGCCAGUCCUCUCCAUCCCUCAUUCAGUGCACAGAUGAUUCCUCCAUCCCUGUCAGCCUCUGGCAUUAAUUUCCAUCACCCAUUUGCCAUACUUUCAGAUUUGCACAUUUGUGCUUUUUGCCCACAGUGCUUUCCACAACUGUACAGCACAAUCUUUCCAUUGUCUUCCUUUCCUUCUUUAAAGCUCUUUUGCUGUGAUCCUGCCCAAAACCUUGGCCAAAACCCCAAGCCUGGUCAGUAAGGUGCUAGGACAACUGCCUGUUGUGCUGACUAAUGUUGCCUUACUGUCUGUGUACUCCCACAUCAGUCUCCCUUUUUUCUCUGCUGUUUUCUCCUUUCCUAAGUCAGUGAUGCAGGGUUUGCCCUGCUGCACAGCACCAGUGCAGCCAGUUCUGCCACCUCUGAGAUGACAGUGUGCUCAGGAAAUGUAACAGACCUGUCUGCAGUGGAGAACAUGCUUGACCCUGUGGGCAAGGCUGCUGAUAAUUUAAAAUGGCUUCAUAAUUUUACAUUGCACACGUGAUCAGUCUGAUAAAAUGGGGACCUGGUUCUCCUCAGCAGGUGCUUUGGAGGCAAUGUUCUUCUGCAUCUUGCUAUGGAGAGCUUAAGGAGAUAUGCAGUCAUUCCUCUUGACUUCAGAUGUCUACAGUGUAGCUUUUACCAUCUGAGCUGCCUAUUCUAAAGAACUUCCUAAUCCCUGGGAUUGAAUAGCUGGAUAUAACUGACUGCUGCCACACAUCUAUUUUAGAAUUGGAACAAUGGUACCAAUGGGAGAACUUAGUGCUUUAUGUUGACUGGUAUGAAAGCAUAAAUAGGUUAGUCAUGAAAACAUCUGCAUUGCAGGCAUAUGGGUCUGGUUAAAAAAAAAAAAAGAAAAAAGGAAUGAAAAAAAGUUCAUUUACUGCACCUGAGAAAAGGACAGGAAUGUGCAUGUUGCAUGGACAAAACAUCACUUACUCCUGAUACAAGCUCUUUCAGCUUACACAGGGCCGUGACCCCCUCUCCUCCUUGAUGCUUUCAUGUCUUCUUGUGGGAAGCUACUGCCUGGGAACGAUAAAAAGGGAAGGGAGAAGAGGAGUAAGGAGCUGUUGUACAGCUGUGCCUGGAGUUCACCCAGCACAAGCUGAGGAGAUGCUUCUGCUGUUCUUCUUGUUCCCUUUGUGCAUGUGAUUGUGCACAAAGCCACCACCAUAUCUCAGG